UUUUAUUAUGAGUUGCAUGCAGAGGUUAAUUGGCUGGACCUGCACUCGUUUAUUUGCUUCAUUGUUUGCUUUAUUUUGACAGGAUGCAGUCUUUUCAUUGUUUGGGCCACUCUGUAUCGUUGCAACCUUGAUGUGAUGGUUUGGAACGUGGUGUUCUUGGUGGUCAACUUCAUGCACUUAUUCUUUCUCCUAUAUAAGCGCAGGCCGAUUAAGAUCGACAGGGAGCUGCGGGCUGUCUACAAGCGGAUGUUUGAGCCUCUCCAUGUGCAGGAGGCUUUGUUUCAGAGGCUCACAGGACAGUUUUGCACCAUCCAGACUCUGAAGAAAGGCCAAGCAUAUGCUGCUGAGGACAAGACCUCUGUAGAUGAACGCCUCAGUAUCCUGCUCAAAGGAAAGAUGAAGGUGUCAUAUCGAGGUCAUUUCCUCCACAACAUCUAUACCAACUCAUUCAUUGAUUCUCCGGAGUUCAGGUCUACUGAGAUGCACAGAGGGGAGAAGUUCCAGGUGACAAUAGUGGCAGAAGAGAACUGCAAGUUCCUGUGUUGGUCUCGAGAACGGCUCACUUACUUCCUAGAAUCAGACACUUUCCUGAAUGAGGUGUUCAAGUACCUCAUCGGCAAGGACAUCACCAACAAACUGUACACUCUAAAUGAUCCCACACUCAGCGAUAAGGCAGUGAAAAAGAUGGAUCGUCAGCCCAGCCUGUGCUCUCAGCUUUCUAUGAUGCAGAUGAGGAACAGCAUGGCGAGCACUAGUGACACAGAUGAUGUUCUUAACCAGAUCCUACGAGGAGGAUCUGCUGGAUCAUCUCUCCAUCACAUCAACCGGACCCGGCAGCCUUGAAGUGGCCAAAACUGCAGCUGGCAUCUUCCGAAAUUUCAGAUAAGCCAGGUAUGCGCCAACUCCAAUAAGCAGAAAACUUGUUAUCGUGAAUUCAAUCAUGUACACAUCUUCAACAUCCUCGACUGACGGCAUCGUCAGACACACAGUCUUCCACUUCCAUGUAGAAUCCAUCAUAUAUCCAGCGAAGAAUGACCCAUUGGGACAUGAGGGUUCCCCUUUACCUUGUUUCCCAGUGGAAAAAAUUGUAUCAAUUGCGUUGAGAGAACCGCUGUGAAGUUAGUUUCAAGUUGGAUAUUCGAGCUCCGGGGAGUAAGCGGCGUUUAGCUCAAGGUUGAUCCGAUUUAUGAACGCUACUGUCGGCCAGCGGUUCUCCACCGCUCCCGGCCGCAGCGCCCGAAGGUUCACUUAGGGACUAUCAACAAAUUACCGAACCAAACAUUCCUGUCAAAGAAACGUUAAUGCCUUGAAUUGUAACCAACGAACUAAUUGUCAGUGCUAAUUCAGGCUUUUACAUGAGCCAAAAUAGCAUCUAUAAAAUUUUAAA